AACCCAAAGCUGCCCACCCUGCUGCUGUUGUCCAAGGUGAGUGCUGCUGUAGGAACAAGGCUGCCAAGGUAUCUGGUGGAAAACAUGAGGAGGGAAAUCUGCAUUCUAGUCCCCCUGCUGCUCCUUCUUCCUCCUGUGUGUGGGCAGGUUUCACGCCUUAGACCUAAUGUUACUUUUCACAAAUACCUGAUGAACUGGACACAGGCACAGUUAUACUGCAGGGAGAAUCACACAGACCUGGUCAGCAUCAGAAAUGAAACAGAGAAUUUGGACAAAUUCCAUGGCUGGAUCGGUUUAUACCGAGAGAAUACAAGCUCUGACUGGAAAUGGUCCAGAGGAGAUGAGAUAGCCACCUACUUCCCCUGGAAAAAUGAUCACCCAAAGGAUGGUGAAAACUGUGCUUUUACAAAAGAGGAUGGGAAACAAUGGCUGGCCACUAAAUGUGAGUCCCAUAAUCAAUUCAUGUGUUAUGAGGAGAAUCUGGUUCUGGUGAAGGAGAAUAAGACGUGGGAGGAUGCAUUAAUGCACUGCAGGACCCUGGAGGCAGUGGACCAAAGUAAGCCAGCCACUGAUUACCAGAACCACCGCUAUGACCUCGCCACCCUGCUCACUGUAGAUGACCUCACCUUUGCACAAGAGACAGCACAAGAGGCUCCACAUGAGGUGUGGACGGGCCUCCGCUACCUGGCUGGUCAGUGGGUGUGGGUGGGUGGAGAACCAGGGCCACCCAAGAAUAUUAACAGCUGCCCGACUCAGAGGUUCUGUGGCAUCCUGAGGAAGAACGGCAGCUUGGAUAUAAGGGACUGCAUGCAGAAAAGGUUCUUCCUCUGUUACAAGAAGCCUUCCUCAUAAAUAUUGUGUUCAAAAGAAGUCCUCUUCUUCCUCCCUGGCUCAUGUUUCAAUUCUGUCAUUACUGAAAUAUUUCUCAACAAAGUCAGUCCUUUCUAUUCACUGUAAUGCGAUAAGUUAUAUAUACAUUUUAAGUAACACAAACUCAACUUUUUAAGUUAAAAAAGAUUCUUGAUUUAAUUUUAUUAGUCAUCUUAAGUGACACUAACUUAGUUUUGUAAUUUACAGAAACAUUCCUGAUUAAGUACUUUCACUAGCUAUUUUGUUUGACAGUACAAAUCAGUGUCAUUUGAAAUGACUAAAAUGACUGGUGUAAUAAAGUUGUGUGUAUGUAUCUAUUAUUACUAUAUUCAACAUUGUGCUUUUUAUUUGCUUUGUAAGUCGAAGGUGCAAAGUUAUUGUCACAUAAUAUUCAAUAUCAAGUUAACGUUUUAACUUUCAUGUUAAAUGUCACUCAGCUCUACAGAGCCUUUUAGCUCAUUGUUUUGGUCAGAAGUGUUUCCUGUUACAAAAAAAAGUACAUUAGCUGUGUGUUGUCUGUCUAUCCAUUAUAAUUAAGAUGAUAAAGAAACUAGUGAACCAUCAGUGAGACAUAAGCAGUGGUUACAGUCAUUUGGCAGCACUGUAUCCAUUUCCUUUUUAAUCCAUGUAGUUUCCUGCUCCUAUCUGGAAGCAGACCAGUUUAAUCUCUCUGUGUGACGUCAGCAAUAAAAGCACAUUAAGCUGGAACUCUGUAGUCUGUUGGUUGCAUUUUGUUAACUUUAAGCUAUCCUCUCUGUUAAAACAAUGUAAGAUAAACUCACACAGUCAUCAAAGCUGAAAGAGUAGAUCAGAAUCUCUGAACGGUGUGUUCAGAAACUCUGAUGUUAGGAUGUUUUAUGAAUCUGUAAAUGUUCCGUGGAAAAAAAUAUUAGAAUGAAGCAUGCUAUUAGACAUUCAACUUUCAAAUUUUAAUUGUGAUCUUGUGAAAUGUGAUGUGCAUGGAUCCAUUUAUACAGACAGAUUAUCAACAUUUGCUUGCCUGUUUGUCUACUGAACAAUAAAUCAUUCAUCAUUCCAGAA